AUGGAGAAAGCCAGUGUGGACAUGGUCGAGCGGACCGACGAUCAGCAGCUGGGCUACCUCGCCGACUCGGAAGACCAUGAUCUGACGAAAUGGGAGAGCCUCAAGAAAUACCCCUUGACCUUCUUCUGGUGCAUCUAUGCUGUCUGGUGUAUACUCUUGGUCAGCUUCGAGAACCAGGCGGCGGGUACGGUCAUUUCAAUCCCCCAGUUCCGUCAGGACUUUGGUAGCUACUUCGCUGGCGACUAUGUACUUGACACCAAGUGGCAGUCAGCAUUCAAUGGUGGGCCCGUCGCGUCUGCGGUCGUAGGCGCCUUAUGCUCCGGCCAAGUCGCAGAUACUGUUGGGCGGAAAUGGACGAUGCUCGGCGCUCUACUAAUCUCUGUGGCCGGUGUGACCGUGGAAUUCGUAUCGACGACAAACGAGAUGUUCUUCGGCGGCAAAUUCCUCAACGGCUUCGCUCUCGGUGCUCUCGCGUCUGUUCCCAUCACUUACGUUGGCGAGAUCUCCCCACUGGCUCUGCGCGGAACACUAACCUGCUUGACUGCAUUGGCUUACUGUGUUGGCCCCUUCGUGGUUGCGCUGAUAACAAAUACUACCGGAACCUACACCACCCGAUGGGCAUACCGCGCCGUCUUCGCUGCCCAGUGGGGAUACGCGGCCAUCGGCCUCGCGUUGAUAUUCUUUAUGCCUGAGUCUCCGUGGUGGCUGGUCUCCAAAGGUCGUGAACAGAAAGCCCUCUCCAGUCUAUGUCGCCUCGGAUACAACGAAGACGAAAGAACCAAGAAACUCUCCGCUAUCAAAGUCACUCUCGAGCAAGUCCGUCGCGAGACCGAAGGCGCAACCUACUUCGAAUGCUUCCGCCGCUCGAAUCUCCGCCGAACAAUCAUAUCCAUCGCCCCUCUUGCCAUCCAAGCUCUUUCCGGCGUGGUCUUCUCGGCUUCCUACUCGACGUAUUACAUGCAACUGGCCGGCUAUAGCAACGAAAUGAGCUUCCGCCUACAAAUUGCACAACAAGUUCUGUCCAUCGUCGGCAACAUCAUGUCAUACUUCAUGAUUGAUCGCCUUGGCCGCCGAAACCUCAUGGUAUUCGGUCUAUUCAUAAUGACAUGCAUCCUCAUGGUCACCGGCGGACUCGGUGUCGUUUCCACCGACAAAACAAAUCCCAACUCCGCUGGCGCAGUCAAAGGCACAGUCGCCCUCAUCCUAAUUUACGUAUGGUGGUACAACUGCACCAUCGGCGCCGCCGCAUACACCAUUCUCGCAGAAGUCUCAACAUCUAGACUCCGCGUGAAAACAAUCGCAAUUGGCCUCGCCCUCCAGAACGCCCUCUACAUGAUGUGGUCCUUCGUCCUCCCUUACCUCUUCAACCCAGACAAAGCAAACCUAGGCGCCAAGGUAAUGUUCAUUUUUGGCGGCCUUUCCAUUAUCUGUCUCGUCUAUCUUUGGUUCUACCAGCCUGAGACGGCAGGUAGGACUUAUGCGGAGCUGGACGAGAUGUUCUAUAAGCGGGUUCCGGCGUGGAAGUUCAAGUCUUAUGAAACUGAUUCCCAGAAUAUAGGACAGGCUUUUAGAGCGGCGAAUAAUAGUUCGAAAGCGUGA